CCUCUCCCGGGCUCCGUAGGUUUCUGGGGGAAUGUGUUGUUUCCGUUUUGUAGAGGGUACUACAGAAGAGGAAAGGUUUGCUAGGCUAGCAUUGAAUUCGCUGAAGGAACUGCUUUCCAUAAGAACCUACACCCGGGACCCCAGACAGGAAGUACUGCACCCGCUCACUUCCCCUCCCUCCGUCACCAUGGUGAAGAUCUUCGUGGGAAACGUGAAUUCGUCGACGACGGAGGCGGAGCUGCGGGAGUUGUUUGAGAAGCACGGCGCGGUGUCGGACUGCGACAUCCUGAAGAACUACGGCUUCGUGCACAUGGACGAGGAAGACGCGGCGCAGAAGGCCGUGUCCGCGCUGCACAAGCACGAGCUCAACGGCUCGCGCAUCACCGUGGAGUACGCCACCACCAAGGUGCGCAACGCCACCAAGAUCUACGUGGGCAACGUUCCCGAGGGGGCUAGCGCUGGCAAGAUCAAGGAGCUGUUCCAGCGCUACGGGAAGGUGGUGGAGUGCGACAUCGUGAAGAACUACGCCUUCGUGCACAUGCAGCGCGAGAACGAGGCGCUGGAGGCCAUCGCCGAGCUCAACCACUCCAAGAUGGAGGGCCAGAAGAUCUUUGUCUCGCUGUCGCGUAGCAACCAGGCCCGCGACGGCCGCGGCGACGAUUUCCCCCCCCCACCUCCCCCCCACCCGCACUACCCCCCCCACCCACACUACCUGCCCCCCCGCCCCCCCCCGGGCGAGUACUACCACCCCCGGGGCCGCCUGCCCCCCCCGCCCCCGCUCCCGCCCCCUCCCCCUCGCGGUUACUAUGACUACGACCCCUACGCCUCCCGCUACUACGAGCGUGACCCUUACGAGCGCCGCCCCCCCCCUCCCCCCCAGCGCCCGCUGUCCCCGCCCCCCUCCCUCUCCGCGCGGUAUUACCGCGAGCGGAGCCCGCCCUCCAGCCGCCGGGCCCUGCUGCCCCCGCCCCCGCCCCCGCCCUCAGCCCGCGCCUACCCCCGCAGCGUCGCCAUGGCGCCCCCCCCACCCCCUCCCCCCCCAACAUCCUCCUCCGCCUCCGCCCUGUACCACCGGUACUCCCUGGGCUCCGGCUUUGAGAAGGACGACUACUUUGAGGACAAGUACAGCAACGGGUUCAGCAGGGGCUACUGA